UGACAUUUAACUGACAAAUACUUUAUAAGCGUAGAUGUGUGUUAAAUUAAAGAAAGGCAACUGAAGGUGUCGUGUUCGAGAGUAUAAAGUCGUGUAACGGAAGUGGAGACCCCAAGUAACUUCCUUUUCCUCUUUCGCCGUGAUAAAAAUAAAACCAUGGCUCCUACCACUGGUGUCCCUGCAAGCGGCCUAAAAGCCGCGGCGAAAGCCAAAGUUCCCGUACAAUCGGUUCAAGUUUGUGGUAGAAAGAAAACUUCAAUAGCUGUUGCUUACUGUAAACGAGGAUCCAAAUCUACUUUAAGAAUCAAUGGCAGACCUCUUGAACAGAUGGAGCCUGAAUGUCUUCGUGUCAAGCUGAUGGAACCUAUGUUGCUCCUCGGUAAAGAAAGAUUUGAUGGAUUAAAUAUCAGAGUACGAGUAAAGGGAGGUGGUAUCAUUGCACAAAUCUAUGCUAUCAGACAAGCUGUAGCUAGAGCUAUUGUAGCAUUUUAUCAGAAAUACGUAGAUGAAGCUAGUAGAAAGGAGAUUAAGGAUAUAUUACUUCAAUACGACAGAAAUUUAUUGAUUGGUGAUCCUCGUCGUUGUGAGAUGAAGAAGUUCGGUGGACCUGGUGCUCGUGCUCGUUACCAGAAAUCUUACCGUUAAAUAUUACUGUAAAAAUAAAAAAAAUCUGAGCAUCUUA